GACUCCUGUCAGUCCGGAGUGCACAGCAAAGGGCCGGCUCAGGUGUCUGUAACAGCCAGCGCUUCCAAGCCCACCAGAUCCUCUGCCUUUUCUCUGCAGAAGGGGCUGAAAGGUCACCUGAUGAGCCUGUCACACGUAAGAGUUCAGAACCACUGCUGCCAAGAUGCUGAUGCAAUCUUUGAGACGCACCUGCUGCAGGGAAAGAACUGCAGGCGCAGAACACACAGACGCGCAGGCGCGGAACGCUGAGACCCGCAGGCUCAGAACACGGACCUGCAGGCGCUGAACGCUGAGACCCGCAGGCUCAGAACACGGACCUGCAGGCGCUGAACGCUGAGACCCGCAGGCUCAGAACACGGACCUGCAGGCGCUGAACGCUGAGACCCGCAGGCUCAGAACACGGACCUGCAGGCGCAGAACGCACAGACAUGCAGGCUCAGAACACAGACGUGCAGCUCACAGGUGGAGUGCGGUCUUCAGCACGCCUGAAAGCCCGAAAUUGUUCGGCAACCGGGUUGGCCUCUGCCCAGGAAGUCGCUGGUUCCACGUCUGCCAAGACAGCAUGUCUGACUUCCUCAUACCACAAAGCCACAGACAGGCGAAUGUCCAAGAAGUUCAAGUGUGACAAAGGUCAUCUUGUGAAGUCAGAAUUACAGAAGCUUGUCCCUAAGAAUGACAGCACUUCUUUGCCAAAAGUGACACCGGAGAACCCUUGUGAAGAUGAGUUUGCUGAAGGCAGGGCCUUGCUUCCAAGAGGUGAGGCUGGAGCUUCUGUGCAGCAGAAGGCUGCAAGUCUGCCCCUCGGUGGCUGCAGAGCUGUGAGUGACUCUCGCUUGGCAAAGACUGAAGGUGGCCUGUCCCUGCCGAAACACAGUGCCGGGGCAGGGGCAGAAGAAUCCAACAGCAGCUCCACUGUGCAGAAACAGAAUGAGUCGGGGCUAGAGGCAGACGACAUGCAGAAGCCACCACUUCAGAUGGACAACAGCAUCUUCCUAGAUGACGACAGCAAUCAGCCAAUGCCCGUGAGCCGCUUCUUUGGAAACGUUGAGCUCAUGCAGGACCUCCCACCUGUGUCUUCAUCUUGUCCUUCAAUGAGCAGACGAGAGUUCAGAAAAAUGCACUUCAGAGCCAAAGACGACGACGACGAUGACGCUGAUGAUGCCGAGAUGUAGAGGCUUUACAGGGUGAUGUCUGUGCAUGGUCAGUACCAUUAACGGUGGGACAGUUCAGCAAGUUACUAGAUUUAUAUAAAAUACAUCUCCAAGAGAAUGUCUUCUUGAUCACGCUUCAGAACUGACGCAUCACAGUCAAUAGUGCAAAGCACCAGAUGCCUGGAAGAUGUACUCAUGGGAGCAAACACUAAAACAGUCUUUGAAAUUGCAAAGCUGCCGUACUGUGCCAGUGGCCUUUCUUUGUUUUUUCUUGUUUUUUUUUUUUUUGGAGAUGAAGUUUCUCUCUCCAUCUUGCUCUGUCGCCAGGCUGGAGUGCAGUGGCGUGAUCUCGGCUCACUGCAGCUUCUGCCUCCCGGGUUCAAGCAAUUCUCUGGCCUGAGCCUCCCCAGUAGCUAGGAUUACAGGCAUGCGCCACCACGCCCAGCUAGUUUUUGUAUUAUUAGUAGAGACAGGGUUUCACCAUGUUGGCCAGGCUGGUCUCGAACUCCUGACCUCAGGUAAUACACCUGCCUCAGCCUCCCAAAGUGCUGGGAUUACAGGCAUGAGCCACCACACCCGGCCAGUGUCCUUUCUUACCGACGUACAUACAUGAUGGCUUGAGUCAGCUGCAGGGCAGAGGCUCACUGAGAGGGAUCUUUGUAAAGACAGCUCUUCACUUCAGCGUGGUAGCUUUAGUGUGUUUUCCAUUGUCAUAAUUUGAUCAUUCGUGUGAUGAAUCAAAUGCUAGUUCUUAAAGAACUCUUUUAUUUCUAUAUGUGGAGCUAAUGUUUAUCUUGGAAAUUUUGCAAAAUACAUGUAAAAAAGAAAUAAAAUAUACUUUGAAA